AGUAAGUGCAUACACACACACACACUGUGUGAGUAACAGGAAUCUGCUGGUGAGGAAAGUCUGCUUCUUUCUUAUCCACAGAAUAAUUCAAUUCCAAAAGUUUUAUUUUACUUUCUCUCUCUAGAAAAUAUAAAAGAAAAAAAAAAGACGAACAGAGAUUUCGGAAAAUGGGAAGAAAGAAGCAGGAUAUCAAGCGAAUCGAGGAGAACAGUGCUCGGAUGGUUUGUUUUCCAAAGAGAAGAAACGGUUUGAUUAAGAAAGCUAAGGAAUUUUCUGUUCUCUGUGAUGUCGACGUGGCCGCCAUUAUCUUCUCCAAGAGAGGAAAGUUUUAUCAGUACUGUAGCGCCGAUAGCAUGGCGCAGGUCCUGCAACAAUAUCAAAGUCAAGUCAAGAGUGAGAAAGAUGGUUGCAAUAUAGAGGAUUUGUACUCCAAAAACGGUGAUUAUCUUACUUAUGGAGAGCUUCUCCAAACUGUUGGAAGUGAACUUAAGGAGCCACGUGUUGACCAGCUAAGUGUGGCGGACCUUGGGCUCAUGCAGAAACAACUUGAGACUGCAUUAAUGGAGAUACGUUCCACUAAGACAAAAUUGAUGACUGAUGCUCAGUCAAGCCUUCAGGAAAAGGAAAAGAUGCUGGAAGAAGAAAAAAAGCAUUUCAACGAGAUUGUUGAAGGCAAUAACUGUGCUAAGAAAAAGAAGGUGGUGGUAGAUCUCAACUUUUCCGCAGACGGCUAAAUGACAAAUAGAAGCAUACAACACCAGACGGACCUCGUUCAAACUUUUAUAUGUAAAAUAAAAAAAAUAUAAUGCAUAAAAAUGCAUGCAAGUAUAAAUAAAAGGUGCUAGAGGAAUAUCUACCAACCUCUUUAUUAUUGCAUCAUGGUGUGUAAGCUGGUUGACCAAUGACCCCUCUCGUGUAUUCGACCUUUUGUUAAAUAUUGCUCUGUUUUUAAUGCUUUGCUUUAGCC